AUGGCCUCUGAAAACGAGGUCGAUACUGCGCCGAAGUUCGCCGGGGGCGAGAGCAAAAUGCCCAACGAGGAAGCUAUCCAGUUUGAGUCUACCAACCAAUCUGUGAAUCUUUAUGAUGUGGACUGUGAGAAGCAUGGCGCAAGUCGCGAAUCAAAUCCGUUGCCGGAUCUUAAGCGGAAGCUGAAGAGCAGGCAUCUGCAGAUGAUUGCCAUUGGUGGUACUAUUGGAACAGGUCUUUUUAUCGGCAGCGGCACCGCAAUCGCCAAAGCAGGCCCAGUGGGUGCGCUUAUUGCCUACCUCUUUGUCGGUUCGAUCGUUUUCUCAGUAAUGAUCUCUCUGGGAGAGGUUGCAACAUAUAUACCAAUUCCUGGAGCAUUCACAUCUUACGCCGCCCGCUUGAUUGACCCUAGCCUUGGAUUUGCUAUGGGAUGGAUCUAUUGGUUUUCCUGGGCUAGCACAUUUGCACUCGAGUUGACAGCAACGGGCUUGAUCAUACAAUUCUGGGAUAAGGACAUCCACAUUGCUAUUUUUAUUGCUAUAUUUUGGGUUGUGAUUACCCUGCUGAACCUCCUACCAGUUAGCUUCUAUGGCGAAUUGGAGUUCUGGCUCUCCAGCGUCAAAAUAUUAACUGUGAUUGGGUUUAUGAUAUUUGCGAUUUGUAUUGAUGCUGGUGCAGGUGGCAGGGAAUAUCUUGGGUUUCGCUACUGGGUUAACCCUGGCCCAUUUGCGCCAUAUGCCGAUGUGUCGCCUGAGUCUACGGCAAAGUUUGUUGGAUUUUGGGCUGUGCUUAUCCAAGCUGGUUUCUCGUAUCAGGGAACAGAGCUGGUUGGCAUUGCAGCGGGCGAGACCGAGAAUCCUCGCAAAACAAUUCCCUCAGCAAUCCGGAAGACAUUCUACCGCAUCCUGUUCUUCUUUGUCUUGACGAUCUUCUUUAUCGGCUUGCUGGUGCCUUACACCAACGAGAACCUCCUCACAGAUGGCAACGAUGCCAAUUCGUCGCCAUUCGUUAUUGCCGCGAGGCUGGCCGGAGUCAAGGCCUUGCCGGAUAUUAUUAAUGCAGUUUUAUUGACUGUGGUGCUUUCCGCGGCAAACUCCAACGUAUACAGUGGCAGCCGUAUCCUCAUUGGCUUGGCCCAGGAAGGGUUUGCUCCACGCUGGUUCAAGAAAACCAGCAAGAAAGGCGUGCCCUACUUCAGUGUUGCAUUUACUUCAGCCUUUGGUUUGCUUGGCUUUAUGAAUGUGUCCACUGCCGGCAGUACGGUAUUCAACUGGCUUCUCAAUAUUGCUGGUGUGGCCGGCUUCAUAACGUGGUCGUCGCUGAAUGCUUGCCACCUCUCUUUCAUGCGAGCUUUGAAGGCUCGCGAUGUUUCGCGCGACCUUCUUCCAUAUAAGGCUAUAUGGCAACCGUGGUAUGCUUGGUAUGGGCUUUUUUUCAAUAUCCUGAUCACUGUGACCCAAGGCUUUACAGCUUGGAUCCCAAAGUUCAGCGUGACCGACUUUUUUAUCUCUUAUCUCAGUUUGAUUCUAUUUGUGGUGUUGUACCUGGGCCAUAAAAUCAUCUUCCGUACACGUUUUAUCCAUCCGCUCGAGGCAGACAUUGAUACAGGCCGUACCGCACUUGAAAAUGAGACAUGGGAAACCUCAGCUCCCUCCACCAAGUGGCACCACAAACUCCAGUUCUGGAAGGGAUUUGAUUGA